AUGGAUGGCUUGACGCUUUGUAUGCUGGGCUGUGGAAACCUGGGUCUCGCGAUCCUGCAGAGCCUUGUUACCCCCCCUGAGACGGCAUAUGCCACAAAGCUGCCCAUCCAGCGCUUCACCGUCUGUGUCCGCAGCACCGCAACUGAACAAAAGCUAGCAGAUAAGUUCCGCACCAACGCAGACACCGUCACCGUAUCUUCCGGCGGCAAGAAUCUUCAAGCAAUGAAGAAAGCCGACGUGAUUAUUCUCGCAGUCGAUCCCGCCGAUAUAGUAUCCACCCUUCAAGAGCAAGGUGUAGCUGAAGCCUUAUCGUCCACUAAUAACGGCCGCCCAAGGCUCCUCAUCAGCGUUGCCGCAGGUUGGACUCGGCAGGACCUCGAAAAGACCAUCUUUGGCACGCCAACCAACAGUUCCAAUGCAAAUAGCGGUCGUACAUGGAUUAUACGGACGCUGCCCAACGUUGCCGCCCAAGUAGCCCAGUCCCUGACCGCCGUUGAGAUAUCGGAUCCCGCCCCCCCAGACUGGGCCCUUGAGCUGUGCGACACCAUAUUCAAUCAGAUUGGCAAGACGGUUCACAUUCCUCCAGCUCUCAUGGACGCUACGACAGCCUUGGGUGGCUCGACCCCCGCCUUCUUUGCUGUCGUCUGCGAUGCCCUCAUCGACGCGGCCGUCGCUGUUGGCGUGCCCCGGCCUCUGGCCCAUACUAUGACUUUCCAGUCUAUGCUUGGCACGGCUACGAUGAUGCAAGGUGGCCUUCAUCCCGCCUUACUCAAGGAUCAGGGGACUUCUCCGGAGGGUUGCACUAUUGGAGGACUCAUGGUCUUGGAAGAGGGCGCAGUUAGGGGGCAUAUCGGCAAGGCCUUAAGGGAGGCUGUCACGAUCGCUCGGCAGAUGGGCAAGAACCCUCACGUCAACGAUACUCGUCAGUAG